CUAAUAGUGAUCAUUGUUGUUUAUUGAACGUUGCCAUAAUAUUUGAUAUAAUAGAGGUUUAUCAGUUGUGUUUAACUGAAGGCAAAAAUAAUUAAAAAUCAAUUUAAAUUCAAAUAAAAUGAAACUCCGCCCUCUCCAUGCAGACAAAAUAGGCUCUAUUUGCUCGUACCUUUCUUAAUGGUUCAGUUACUGUGUACAUCCCUUGAAGAGUAGAAAGAUUAAGACCAUGGACUUUAUACCUGAGGAUGUUUUUUUCUUUGCUGUUGAAACAAUGUUCAAUUAUUCACUGGAAGUCGUAAAGGUUGCUUUAAACUCAUCCACAGAAUUGUUGAGAAAAAAUUAUAAUCCACCUAGAACUACCAGCAUUGAUUCAGAAAAAAAAGUUAAAUUAGUAGACUUACCACGCUAUGAGAACGUCCCGCCAAAAAUAAGAAAAAUGAUGAAGGAUAGAAGUAUAUUGAUGAGUCAAUAUAAAAAAACUGGAUAUCCGGAGACGAACAGGCAGGCUAACCGGUUAACGACUAAAAUAAGGAAAGCUUUGAGGAACUUUUUAAAGAAGCAGAUGGAAGCCGAGAGAAACGACGAACAAUGAAUCCAUCCAAUUAAGUUAAAGUAUUAAGUGUGUGACGUACAACUUUAUAAUUAAUUAUAAAAGUGAAGAAGUGUAUAUAGUUUCG